AAUCUUCAAUUUAUGUACAAUGAACAAUAUAUCCGAAUCUCGCGCAGAGUGUAGUCAUCAGCUGGGAGAGAGCAUGAAAUUUUUCAAUGUUGCCAAAGCCGAAAGGAAUAGUGCAAAACGACCUACCCGCCCUCUCUCGAAUUUGACAGAUAGGAUUGAUUGAAUGCGAGCCAAAGGCGAGCAUAAAUUGGAUUGAACAAAAAAACAUAUUUUUUGUUUUGACACUAGUGAGAAUUGCUCGGUGUUUUGCACACGCUCCGGUACUUCUCGGUUGUCAUUUAUCGCCGAAAGAUCAUUUACGGAAGUCUCCCGGUCCUCUACAAGCAGCGGGAGAUCCGGUUGUCCAGAAAUGGAAUUUCGAUUCCGGUAAAGUUGCUUUGCUUUAGUUCCGACUCAGGGCCUCCGUUUACAGUUGUGAAAAGUUCAAACAAAAUUCGCCCACCUGCUCCAACUCAUCGAAAGCCCCUGGUUGAGCUGAACGGGCCGAGGUGUAAUCCGCAAGAUAUCGAUGCCAAGACAGGUGAUCAUCGGAUGCCAUCCGAACGGCCAGCUUUGGUACUGUCGUAUUUGGAAUACCCAGAGAAGGAAGCGACACCCACAUCAAGUCCAUUGAAGGAACGGACCGUUGCAGAGAUGAAACAUCAGAAACAAAAAGAAGAUUCCGGGAAUUUGACCGUUCUUGACAUUACGUUCGGCGAUUUCAACGCGCCCACAUCUACGCCUGAAUCAAGAAUACCUCAUUUGCUGCGGGACUCGAUAGUCAAAGAGAAGAGGUUGAGAAUUUUCCAGCAGUUUCCGUUGAUGAAAUGGAUGACAGCUCGCUGAAACCUUCUAUCGCAGAUAAAUGGUUAUUUGCAGGAUGGGCAGGCCACGCCCCGAGACCAGAUGUCCAAU